AUGCGGGCCGUUGUUCCCCUGUCGCUCGCGUUAGCCACCGUCGCGUUGGCGACGACGGUGUUGCACGGCGCUUUGACGGGGGCUUUUCUUCCUCUAGAACGGGCCAUUCCUCUGAACCAAAGAGUGGAGUUGGAGGCACUGAGAGCUCGCGACAGAGCACGCCACGGUCGAAUCUUGCAAGGUGUCUUUGGUGGCGUUGUCGACUUCGCCGUCCAAGGAACCUCCGACCCUUACUUCGUUGGGUUGUAUUUCACGAAAGUGAAGCUGGGAUCUCCUGCGAAAGAGUUUUAUGUUCAGAUUGAUACUGGAAGUGACAUAUUGUGGCUGAAUUGCAUGACUUGCAGUAAUUGCCCGCAAUCUAGUGGGUUAGGGAUUGAGCUGGAUUUCUUUGACACGGCCGGUUCAUCCACUGCUGCACUUGUUUCCUGCCGUGAUCCAAUCUGUUCUUAUGCGGUUCAAACUGCGACAAGCGAAUGCUCUUCUCAGGCUAAUCAGUGCAUCUACACUUUUCAGUAUGGAGAUAGAAGUGGGACAACUGGUUAUUAUGUUUCUGAUACGAUGUAUUUUGACACAGUCCUGGGACAGUCAUUGGUUUCUAACACGUCAUCUAACAUCGUUUUUGGGUGUAGCACCUACCAGUCUGGGGAUUUGACCAAGACAGAUAAAGCAGUUGAUGGAAUUUUUGGGUUUGGCCCUGGUGCUCUAUCUGUUAUAUCACAACUGUCAUCACGGGGUGUGACACCCAAAGUGUUCUCUCAUUGCCUAAAAGGACAAGACAAUGGAGGAGGUGUUCUAGUUCUAGGUGAAAUUUUGGAGCCAACCAUUGUUUAUAGCCCACUUGUCCCAUCACAGCCUCAUUACAAUUUAAAUCUUCAGAGCAUUGCUGUCAAUGGACAACUUCUCCCAAUAGAUUCAGAAGUAUUUGCGACAACUAAUAAUGGCGGAACUAUAGUUGACUCUGGCACAACAUUGGCAUACCUUGUUCAAGAAGCAUACAAUCCUUUUGUCGAUGCUAUAACUGCUGCUGUGUCAAAGUUCUCGAAACCCAUUAUUUCAAAAGGAAACCAGUGUUAUCUGGUAUCGAACAGUGUAGGUGAUAUAUUUCCUCAAGUCAGUUUAAAUUUCAUGGGCGGAGCAUCUAUGGUUUUAGAUCCAGAACAUUACCUCAUGCAUUAUGGUUUCCUUGAUGGUGCUGCAAUGUGGUGCGUUGGCUUCCAAAAAGUAGAGCAGGGAUUCACAAUCUUAGGAGAUCUUGUCCUAAAAGAUAAGAUAUUUGUAUAUGACUUAGCUAAUCAACGAAUUGGAUGGACUAACUAUGAUUGUUCCUUGGCUGUAAACGUCUCUCUGGCUACGAGCAAGAGCAAGGAUGCCUACAUCAACAAUUCAGGACACAUGAGUGUGGGCUGUUCCCACAUAGGCACUUUCUCCAAGUUUCUAGCAGUAGGCAUUGCUACCUUCCUUGUGCACAUAGUUUUCAUGGAGUUCCAAUUUUUGUAA